AUGACUGAUGUAGUUGAAGUUUUAAGUGCUCAGAUGCAGAAAGAAGCCUUGAAUACAAGGUUAGGGUUAGGUGCGUUGGCUAUAGAAUAUCUUAGAGUUAAGUUAGGGUUAGGGUUAGGGUUAGGUGCAUUGGCUAUAGAUAUCUUAGAGUUAGGAUUAGGAUGCAUUGGCUAUAGAUAUCUUAGGGUUAGGGUUAGGGAGCAGAAAAUGUAUAAUGAAGAUGACAAUCAUAGUGAAUUGAACACUCAAGAGGAUACUAAUAUUCCAGAUGAUAAAGUGAUUGAAACUAUUGAGGAUUGCUAUGAUUUUCGCUAG